AUGUCUUCGGAGAGCGGCCCUGGGACGAGAUUAAGAAAUCUGCCCGUAAUGGGGGAUGGACUAGAAACUACCCAAAUGUCUACAACGCAGGCCCAAGCCCAACCCCAGCAAGCCAACGCAGCCAGCACCAAUCCCCCGCCCCCGGAGACCUCCAACCCCAACAAGCCCAAGAGGCAGACCAACCAACUGCAAUAUCUGCUCAAAGUGGUGCUCAAGACACUAUGGAAACACCAAUUUGCGUGGCCUUUCCAGCAGCCUGUGGACGCCGUCAAGCUAAACCUCCCUGAUUACUAUAAGAUCAUUAAAACACCUAUGGAUAUGGGAACAAUAAAGAAGCGCUUGGAAAACAACUAUUACUGGAAUGCUCAGGAAUGUAUCCAGGACUUCAACACUAUGUUUACAAAUUGUUACAUCUACAACAAGCCUGGAGAUGACAUAGUCUUAAUGGCAGAAGCUCUGGAGAAGCUCUUCUUGCAAAAAAUCAAUGAACUGCCCACAGAAGAAACAGAGAUCAUGAUAGUUCCAGCAAAAGGAAGAGGACGUGGAAGGAAAGAAGCAGGGCCGGCAAAACCUGGCGUCUCUACGGUACCAAACACAACGCAAGCAUCGACUCCUCCGCAGACACAGACCUCUCAGCAAAACCCUCCACCUGUGCAGGCCACACCUCACUCCUUCUCCACCAUCACCCCAGACCUCAUUGUCCAGACCCCUGUCACAGUGGUGCCUCCCCAGCCACUGCAGACUCCCCCGCCUGUGCCCCCUCAACCCCCACCCCCGCCAGCUCCCCAACCUGUACAGAGCCAUCCACCCAUCAUUGCGGCCACCCCACAGCCUGUGAAGACAAAGAAGGGUGUUAAGAGGAAAGCAGACACCACCACUCCCACUACCAUCGAUUCCAUUCAUGAGCCACCUUUGCUGCCCCCAGAGCCCAAGACCACCAAGCUGGGCCCACGGCGGGAGAGCAGCCGGCCUGUGAAGCCCCCAAAGAAGGAUGUGCCUGACUCACAGCAGCACCCAGCACUGGACAAGAGCAGCAAGAUCUCAGAGCAGCUCAAGUGCUGUAGUGGCAUCCUCAAGGAGAUGUUUGCCAAGAAGCAUGCGGCCUAUGCUUGGCCUUUCUACAAGCCCGUGGACGUAGAGGCGCUGGGCCUUCAUGACUACUGUGACAUCAUCAAGCAUCCCAUGGAUAUGAGCACAAUCAAGUCUAAACUGGAGGCCCGAGAGUACCGUGAUGCUCAGGACUUUGGUGGAGAUGUCCGGUUGAUGUUCUCCAAUUGCUACAAGUAUAACCCUCCUGACCACGAAGUUGUAGCCAUGGCCCGAAAGCUCCAGGAUGUAUUCGAGAUGCGCUUUGCCAAGAUGCCGGACGAGCCUGAGGAGCCUAUGGUGGCUGUGUCCUCCCCUGUGGUGCCACCUCCCACCAAGGUUGUGGCCCCACCCUCAUCUAGUGACAGCAGCAGCGAUAGUUCCUCCGACAGUGACAGCUCAACUGAUGACUCUGAGGAGGAGCGAGCCCAGCGGCUGGCCGAGCUCCAGGAGCAGCUCAAAGCCGUGCACGAGCAGCUUGCAGCCCUCUCGCAGCCCCAGCAGAACAAACCAAAGAAAAAGGAGAAAGACAAGAAGGAAAAGAAAAAAGAAAAGCACAAAAAGAAAGAGGAAAUGGAGGAGAAUAAGAAAAGCAAAGCCAAGGAACUUCCUCCCAAAAAGACCAAGAAAAACAACAGUAGCAACAGUAACACAAGCAAGAAGGAGCCGGUGCCCAUGAAGAACAAGCCUCCUCCAGCGUACGAGUCAGAGGAGGAGGACAAGUGCAAGCCCAUGUCCUAUGAGGAGAAGCGCCAGCUCAGCCUGGACAUCAACAAGCUCCCUGGUGAGAAGCUGGGCCGAGUGGUACACAUCAUCCAGUCAAGGGAGCCCUCACUCAAGAACUCCAACCCCGAUGAGAUUGAGAUCGACUUCGAGACCCUAAAGCCAUCCACCCUUCGGGAACUGGAGCGCUACGUCACCUCCUGUUUGCGGAAGAAACGGAAACCUCAAGCCGAGAAAGUAGAUGUGAUUGCUGGUUCCUCCAAGAUGAAGGGCUUCUCUUCCUCUGAAUCUGAGAGCACCAGCGAGUCCAGCUCCUCUGACAGUGAAGACUCCGAAACAGAGAUGGCUCCGAAGUCAAAAAAGAAGGGGCACCCUGGGAGGGAGCAGAAGAAGCACCAUCACCACCAUCACCAGCAGCUGCAGCAGGCCCCAGGCCCUGUGCCCCAGCAGCCCCCACCACCUCCCCAGCAGCCCCCGCCACCCCCACCUUCGCAGCAGCAGCAGCAGCAGCCACCCCCACUACCCCCACCCUCCAUGCCACAGCAGACUGCUCCCACGAUGAAGUCCUCGCCCCCGCCCUUCAUCGCCGCCCAGGUGCCCGUCCUGGAGCCCCAGCUCCCAGGCAGCGUCUUCGACCCCAUCGGCCACUUCACCCAACCCAUCCUGCACCUGCCGCAGCCCGAGCUGCCCCCUCACCUCCCCCAGCCACCCGAGCACAGCACUCCGCCUCAUCUCAACCAGCACUCAGUGGUCUCUCCUCCAGCUUUGCACAACGCGUUGCCCCAGCAGCCAUCGAGGCCCAGCAACCGAGCUGCCGCCCUGCCCCCCAAGCCUGCCCGGCCCCCUUCUGUGUCACCUGCUCUGGCCCAACCACCCCUGCUCCCACAGCCCCCCAUGGCCCAGCCACCCCAAGUGCUGCUGCAGGAGGAAGAGGAGACACCCGCCCCACCCCUCACCUCCAUGCAGAUGCAGCUCUACCUGCAGCAGCUGCAGAAGGUGCAGCCCCCCACACCUCUACUCCCUUCCGUGAAGGUGCAGUCCCAGCCCCCGCCACCCCUGCCACCCCCGCCUCAUCCCUCAGUGCAGCAGCAGUUACAGCAGCCGCCACCACCUCCUCCACCCCCGCAGCCGCAGCCGCAGCCACAGCACCAGCCGCCCCCCCGACCUGUGCAUAUGCAACCCAUGCAGUUCCCUACCCACAUCCAGCAGCCCCCGCCACCCCCAGGCCCACAGCCCCCCCACCCACCCCAGGGCCAGCAGCCACCCCCACCGCAGCCCGCCAAGCCUCAGCAAGUCAUCCAGCAUCACCCUUCACCCCGGCACCACAAGUCGGACCCCUACUCAACCAGUCACCUCCGUGAAGCCCCCUCCCCGCUUAUGAUACAUUCCCCCCAGAUGCAACAGUUCCAGAGCCUGACCCACCAAUCGCCACCCCAGCAAAGUGUCCAGCCGAAGAAGCAGGAGCUGCGUGCAGCCUCUGUGGUCCAGUCCCAGCCCCAGCCCCUGGUGGUGGUGAAGGAAGAGAAGAUCCACUCACCCAUUAUCCGCAGCGAGCCCUUCAGCCCCUCGCUGCGGCCGGAGCCCCCCAAGCACCCGGAGAACAUCAAGCCUCCCAUCCACCUGCCCCAGCGGCCUGAGAUGAAGCCCGUGGACGUUGGAAGGCCUGUGAUCCGGCCCCCUGAACAGAAUGCACCCCCAACAGGGGCUCCCGACAAGGACAAACAGAAACAGGAGCCGAAAACGCCAGUUGCCCCUAAAAAGGACCUUAAAAUCAAGAACAUGGGCUCCUGGGCUAGCCUGGUGCAGAAGCACCCCACCACCCCGUCCUCCACAGCUAAGUCAUCGAGUGACAGCUUUGAGCAGUUCCGACGCGCUGCCCGUGAGAAAGAGGAACGGGAAAAGGCCCUGAAGGCGCAGGCUGAACACGCCGAGAAGGAGAAGGAGCGACUACGGCAGGAGCGCAUGAGGAGCCGCGAGGAUGAGGACGCACUGGAGCAGGCCCGGCGAGCCCACGAGGAGGCACGCCGGCGCCAGGAGCAGCAGCAGCAGCAGAGACAGGAGCAGCAGCAGCAGCAGCAGCAGCAGCAACAAGCAGCUGCAGUGGCUGCAGCGGCCGCCGCCCCCCAGGCCCAGAGCUCCCAGCCCCAGUCCAUGCUGGACCAGCAACGGGAACUGGCCCGAAAGCGGGAGCAGGAGCGAAGGCGCCGGGAAGCGAUGGCAGCUACCAUUGACAUGAAUUUCCAGAGUGACCUAUUGUCAAUAUUUGAAGAAAAUCUUUUCUGA